CUAGUCAAACUGCCCAUAAAAUACAACUCAAUUGCAAUUGAUAUGUGAACAAUUAUCAGUCCAAAGUAAUUAAAGCAGGCUAGAUGGAAACCAGGAGAAAUGUUCUGGGGUGGCUCCGCCUCAUAGCGGUGGCCGCCGCCGCCGUGUCCACGUGGUGGGGGCAGGCGAAUUCCGAACCGCAAAUAAAUCUCCUGAAUAAAGGAUGCAGCCAGUAUAAUGCUACAAACAUCCCGGACUUUUUCAACAACCUGAACGCCACCUUCUCCGACCUGAGAACCCAGCUCUCCGGCGGCGGCGGAGGAAGGCGGUUCGCCACCGCGCAGCAGGCGAGGUCUUCCGAUCCGGCUUACGCCAUGGCACAGUGCAGAAACUAUAUGUCCGACGUGGAUUGCUUGGCCUGCUACGACGCCGCCGUGUCUCAGAUCCGGAAUUGCUCCGCCGCCAAUGGAGCUCGGGUUAUCUACGACGGUUGCUUUCUCAGGUACGAGAGCAACAACUUUUUCGAUCAGACAACUCUUCCCGGAAACGUACAAAUAUGCGGCAAUCGAACCGCAUCCCAACCGUCCGCAUUCAACUCGGAUGCUCUGACACUUCUGAGGAAUCUCCAAACGGCGACCCCGAGAAUCAACGGCUAUUACGCAGCCGUCGUUUCAUCGAACGGUGCCAACUCAUCAUCGGUUUACGGUGUGGCGCAAUGCGCCGAAUCGAUCAGCCAGAGUGGCUGCAGCGAUUGCUUGACCGUGGCGUACGGUAACAUACAAGGGUGCUUGCCUAAUACCGAUGGAAGAGCUAUUGAUGCCGCCUGCUUUAUUCGAUACUCGGAUGCGCGGUUUUUUGCCGAUAAUCAGACUAUUGAUAUCACGCCCUUUCUAGGAGGAGGAGGAGGGAAUUCGAGCAAGACGAAAGCGAUUAUCGGGGGAGCGGUAGGCGGAGGUGGUGGCCUUGUUCUGAUUUUAGUUGCCUUCUUCUUAUGGUACAAGUUCUCAACAAAGGCAAAAGCAUCUACAAGAGGUAAUAUUUUGGGGGCAACUGAAUUGCAAGGCCCAAAUAUAUACAGCUACAAGGAUUUAAAAACAGCCACAAAUAAUUUUAUUGAAGAAAAUAAAUUAGGAGAAGGAGGUUUUGGUGAUGUUUACAAAGCAACCUUAAAAAACGGAAAUAUCGUCGCGGUGAAGAAAUUGGACAUAAGUUACAGCAGAGCAAAAGCCGAUUUCGAGAGCGAAGUUAGGCUUAUAAGUAAUGUACAUCACCGCAAUCUUGUCCGUUUAUUAGGUUGUUGUAGCAAAGGAUCUGAGUUGCUUCUCGUUUACGAGUACAUGGCAAAUGGAAGCCUCGACAGGUUUCUAUACGGUGAUAAACGAGGAUCGCUGACGUGGAAGCAGCGGUUUGAUAUAAUAUUCGGUAUAGCAAGGGGGCUUGCGUAUUUGCAUGAGCAGUACCAUGUUACUAUUAUACAUCGAGAUAUUAAACCCGGCAAUAUAUUAUUGGACGACGAUUUUCAAGCAAAGAUUGCGGAUUUUGGGUUGGCUAGGCUUCUACCGGAGAAUCAGAGCCAUGUUAGUACUAAAUUUGCCGGGACAUUGGGCUACACAGCACCAGAAUACGCGAUCCACGGGCAUCUGUCGGAGAAAGUCGACACCUACAGCUUCGGAGUUGUGAUCCUCGAAAUCAUCAGCGGCCGCAGAGGCAGCGACAUGAAUGCUGAUUCCGACACUGAAUAUCUACUUGAAGAGGCAUGGAAAUUGUACGAGAGCGGCAUGCAUGAGAAACUAGCCGACGAGAAGCUAGAGCCGAACGACUACACACACGAAGAUGUGAAGAAGAUGGUCGAAAUCGCUCUCGUUUGCACGCAGUCGCCGCCUUCGUCGAGGCCAACAAUGUCCGAAAUUCUCGUGAUGCUUUUAAGUGGUGGAAAGAUAGAGCAAAAGGGGCCAAUAAGAGGCUCUUUUAGCUAUGGAAUGAGGGUACUUGGUGACACCACUUCAACUUCAUUGGGAUCAUCAAAUUCUAACGCCACUGCCUCCAUUAGCCAGUUCACUGGCCGCUAGCUAGCUUCAUUUGUUCAUGUAUGAAAGAGUUGCAUAUAUUUUACUGUGAUAUAAUACAAUAAUAAAUCAUGUUUCUACAUUGUACUUGUGUCAAUUUAUUUAUAUAUAUGAAUUGUUUUUUG